AAAGAGCAGAACGGAUGGGAGAAGAAUCACGAGCUUUGCUUUGUCUGUAGGCGGUUGUCGGAGUCUCAGUUCAGGCACUCGCUCAGCCGAGAUGACGACAUCUUCUCGAGGAAGGGCACUGCGAACGCGUCGAACUCGGAGUCUCCGAUCAGUCCCAUGGGGUCUCACGGCAAUCCUUCGAGGGAAACGGUGUUCGACAUCGGCAGCAACACUUUGCCAAGAGGUAAGAUGAACGUCCAGCGAUUAUUCUACCGUGCGAAACAACACUACCGUGUCCAAUUGCAAAACGAGUCGUUCGUGUCGAACGCGAGUGAACCCUCUGCCCUCUGUGUGUUCCACCUACUCGUCAUUUCGAAACUCAGCGUGGUAGAGUUUCGACGAAACACCAAUGAGCUGUCGAGUGGAUCGCCGGAGCGUAAAUGGUUCACAUAUGGCUCGGAAUUCUAUCCAGUGACAAGAUUUUCUUGCAAGUUCGUCCCGGUUCAUCGGAUCAGUGUAGCCACGUCACAGGCCACGAAACUCCAUAAGAUGUUUAGUCUAUUCGUAUACCUCGUCUGUGAUGAAAUCUUGCAAGAUCGACCGUCGAUUUGGUCGAAGCGAGCUACCGAUACGACGACGAUAGUCGCUGUUUUGCCACUGGUUAAAAUUAUAAGCCGUGCGAGAAAAUGCUGAAUGGUACUCAGUCAUGCAUCUCUUAGUACCUAGCUGUUGUCGAGUCGUUGAUAGACAGAGCAUACUUUUUUCUUUAUUUUUUUUUACCGAUUUCUACUUCUUUUUCUCUCCUACCAUCUUCUUCCGCUUUCCUCUUUCCUCUUUCUUUCCUUCUCCACUAUUUCUUACUCCAUUUUUCCUUCUCACCGAUUAUUUCUCUUUUUCUUUUUCUCUUGCGUGUCUCUCUCUCUCUCUCUCUCUCUUUCUUUCUAUUGAGUAUCUUGCCUGACGAUGUUUUUUGCAACAUUUGAUACUAACCUCGUAUUGUUCGUGUUUGGCACAGGUGGGUAGACGUUCCAGUGAUUUUCGACGCGUACACGUGCGAAAAGAAAUCUCGAUCUCGAGCGUGUCUUGUCACCUUUUGAAUUUUGAAAGUACACGCGCAAACGAGAUAUUUGAAUUUUCUAAGCGCAUGUCUGCACGAUGUUCUCUCUCACCAAAAGUCGGUACCUGCUUGUCGUUCCGUUCUUCUCUCUUUCUUUUCUUUUCUUUUUUUUCUUCUUCUUUGUCUCUCUUUUUUCCACUCUCGCGUAACUUAAUCCGAGCGAUCGUGGAUAAUCGCGCGAUCAAGUAAGCCCCUGGCAAACGAUCAUCACGAUUAUAUAUACUCUCUCUCUCUCUCUCUCUUCUUUUUUUUUGCGACUCGCGAUUCAAGAGUUUGAGCAUUAAAAUUACUCACAGACGUGACUCACACUUUGCCUAACAUAGAACCUCGUAAUAUGCAAGUAGUAGCAAGUUGCAAUGUUGUUGAUUAAAAAAAAAAAAUAUAUAUAUAUAUAUUAUCCCAUUAACACGAGCAGCCGCAUUUUUUUUUUUUUUUUCACUUUUCUUCUUUUAAAUCAUUCAGUGUACACUAAAGUUUUUACAGCA